CCACUGAGGAAUGCUUGGGUAUUCCCGACAGAGUACUCUAGCAUCGAGAUACCUCACUUGACAAGUUAUACCGGCGCCCGAGGGCAAAGUACCGGAGCUGUGCACUCCCCGAUCCUAUACCUCCUUCACCCUGUCAACAAGAUUGACGGGGCCGCGUCCAAACUUCUCCACAUACGACCUUAG